AGGAUAUAAAAGGAGAGAAAGGCCCCGGCAGCGAAGAACAACUACAUCAAUUAGCCGAAAGUUACAAGGAUGAAAAAGGAUCCUCCUUAAGGAGCAACCAUUUCAGAAGCAAGACUAGGCAACUUACUCCUUGGAAGGAACGGGCCCCCAACGUUCCGGGACAAAGGAAGUGUAGACCAGCCGAGGAGAUGAGCAACCAGCAGAAACAAGAAGGAUGUGAGUUCAAAGACUAG